CGUGUCACUCUACUUGAGAAACGAAGAGAGCUACUACGCCUUCUUACGUUUAUUCCAAGAAUACGCUGAAUUAUCCGGAGCCCUUUUGAACAAAGACAAAAGCAAGGCGAUGGCCUUCGGGAACUUUGCAUCCGCCCUCGACGGAGAAGUCGAGUGGGUAGCUGGCGUCAAAGUCCUGGGAGUUGUGUUCCACACGUCCGGGGAAGUAGCGCAGGAGACGUGGACAGACCUGCGUAAGAAAGCAGAAGUGAAGGUGUCAGUGGCAUCAAAGUUUUCGCUGACGUUAGCCGAGCGCAGCUACAUAGUGAAAUCUAGUGUUUGCGCGGCUUUUUACUACGUAGCACGCAUAGCGCGUCCGCCACGCAGGGCAUCGCAGAGGCUAGCCACACUCUGUGGUUCUUUCUUGUGGGACAACAAGACUGAACUAGUGGCACGUCCGCUCCUUCGGCUUCCAACGGAACUAGGAGGUUUUAGUCUCCCUUGUAUCAGAACAAUGAGUUCUGUCCUCGCAUUGCGAGGUUUCUACGACCUCGUAAACGACCCGGAAUACCCAGGCAGGAAACUGGUUGAGUACUUUCUAGGUACCUCCAGAAAACUUUUCUUACCCGGAAAAAGGACAGGUCCUACGGCGGAACAGCCACCGCCAUUCUAUAAAUAUGUAUGUAGUACCCUUCAGUCUCUUCGAACAGCCUUGCCUGAUGUCGAGCUAGUUAGCACCCCGGCAACGGAGGUAUGCGAAUGGUUAGCGGUUAAGCACUUGUCGCAGGAAGAACUGCAGAGGUGCAGGAGCGUCCGCUGGCGCAGCCUGACUUCGUCGGCCGUACCCGCCGAGGUUCGCGACUUCGGAUGGAGACGAGGUUGGCGCGUCUUGCCAACGCGGAACCGCACGGCAGCCUGGGGAAUAAGUCGCACUGACCGCUGCCCUCAGUGCAGACAAGAAGAAACGUUGCAGCAUGCCUUAUUCGAGUGCGCCAAUAUAGCCACUUUGCCUUUGGUUCCCAAGCCUGGCUACGAUCCUCACCGUAACUCGAGGUUCCGCGUGAGAGGAAUGGCGUGA